AAAUCUGAUCCCAAUAUCCAUCAAAAAAACAAAAGCGUUCUCAAACUGUGACACAACAAACCGUGACUAUUGCCCUCAACCCCCUAUGUCCACCCUUGUCCCCCCGUCCACCCUUGCCCCUGUCUGCCCCCUUGCAUUUUACCCAUGUUGGAAAUGGAUCCCCGAGACACAGCUUCGUGAACAGGAACGAAAUGAAUUUUCUCUCAAUGGACAGUCGUUGUUAGAGCGCUACAACAAAAUUAAGGGUACAAAUUUUGAAUUUGUGAGACUUGUGAAGAUCCAGUUGAUUCCCAGUAGUGGAAUAAAGUAUUUUAUUCAAUUCGAGGCCAAGCCCAACAGUACUGAGUACACUCUGAAAACCUUUGAAGGUUCCAUGUUCAAGGAUUUUGUCCAUCCUAAUAGUAGUUUGUGGCCCAUGUCUUGUAAACUAUUAGGCCCCAAUUCUCAACGGUAUGUGCUUCCUGGACCCGGCGUGUGGACGAUAUAACCAAGAAUUGUUAGGGAAAGUUUAGUUUGCGUAAUGGUUGGGUGGUGUGGGAUUUAGAUUGUUGGAUCUUAAUCGACUGUUGUGGCUAUAAUAAUUUGCUUGUUUUAUCUGUACAUGUAAUAGUUUUUUGGCUGGUUUGAACUUUGAAUGACUUGCAACCAAUAUUGUUAAUUUUAUGAUUGUAGAUUGAUAGUGAAUGCAAUCCUCUCCAUUUCAUACA